AUGCACAAUCUCCUUUACGCCAUGCCCGCUUCCUCUUCUCCAUCUUCCUUCUCAAAACCCUCCAAAUCCUCUGCCUUCUCAAACCCUACUGCAUCGCAGACUUCCCUAUCUUCUUCCUCCUCAUCAUCUGUUCUUCUCUGCAAGCACUCUCCAUCGGCGACUCUCGACCUUCUAAUCCUGAUCCUAGUCCUCUUCGCCGGCACUUUCCUCCUCACAUCUUACUUCUCCUACAUCUUCAACUCCGUCUCCCUCCUCUUAUCUCAUUCAUCAAUCCAGGUCUCAAUCCAGCUCCCGCCGGCGUCGUACGUUUGUGGGUUCCUCGCCUUUUUCCUCUUCUCGGUCCUCUUCCUCGAGUUCUGCUGUGGGUCGAGAUCUCGCAAGUGCAACAAGCCAGGAUGCAGAGGGUUGAAGAAGGCGAUGGAGUUCGAUUUGCAGCUGCAGACCGAGGAUUGUGUCAAAUCCAAUGGCGCCAAGGAGAUCGAUAAGUUGCCGUGGAAAGGUGGGAGUGAGAGGAACCCGGAUUAUGAGUGCUUGAGGGCUGAGCUCAGGAAGAUGGCUCCCCCUAAUGGGAGGGCGGUUUUGCUCUUUAGGGCAAGGUGUGGAUGCCCCAUCGCUAAAUUGGAAGGCUGGGGACCUAAGCGAGGCCGGCGGCAUAAAAAGACUCUGGCCAACGUGGGUGCAGCAAACAGGGAUCUCCAUCGUUAA